CGGUGUCCAAUGCCCCUCACGUGAAUGAUUUUGAAACCACAUUUUCAAUAUCCAAAAAUAUUUCAACAAGAAUCUGUAACAAAAUCUUCGUUAGACAACGCUUGUUCAUAUUUAUUCGGGAUAGACAUAGCUAUAUAAUCCUGCAUUCGGCAUACAUUAGAGCAGGUGCACCACCAGAUAACUGAGCAUCUGAUAUUCGCCGUUGGUCCUGCUGGGCGUUUGGAGGCGGCGCGCUGGUCAGACAGAAAUGCCAUAACAGCAGCAUCGAUAUCACCACCCGAAGUGCAUGAUAUUCACCUGGACCCGCGUAACGACAUCGAUUUGAAGCCACAUUUGACCACAGACUGAAUUGUCAAAGGAUUGCGCCAAGGCUGGUGCUGUCUAUUUGAUGGUGACAUCGUUUGUUGCUUUUUGGUGGGGAGCAGCAUCUGGAAUAUUGUAGGAUGCAAAGGGCUUUCCCGGGGGGCCUGAGAAGAUGAGCGUGACAUCAUGGUUCCUGGUCAGCAGCUCUGGCACCCGCCACCGUCUUCCACGGGAGAUGAUCUUCGUGGGCCGGGAGGACUGUGAGCUGAUGCUGCAAUCUCGAAGUGUGGACAAGCAGCAUGCCGUCAUCAACUACAACCCUGCUACCGAUGAGCACCUGGUCAAAGACCUGGGCAGCCUCAAUGGAACCUUUGUGAAUGACCUGAGGAUCCCAGACCAGAUUUACAUGACCCUCAAGCUAUCUGAUGUCAUUCGCUUCGGAUAUGAUUCUCAUGUGUACGUCCUGGAGAAGAGCCAACACAAAGUCCCAGAGGAGGCACUCAAGCAUGAGAAGUAUACCAGCCAGCUGCAGAUGGGUCUGAGAGCCUCAGAGGGGAAGAGGGCUGAGCACCUGGAUGACAAGUCCAAGCUAGAGAAGACGGACAGGAAAUCUCUGUCUCAGGAGACUCCAACCUCCCGGCCCACUCCAUUGUAUGGCCAGCCCUCAUGGUGGGGGGAGGAGGAUGCGGCCAGCAAAAGACAACACAGUGAGGGACACCGGUCAGAGGAGGGUCACCCAGAGAUUCCAAAAGAAGGUUCAGCGUUAGAUUCAGAGGUGAAUGGCUCCCUGUUAGAGUACAGGGACGCUCAGGGCAAGUCCAGCUUCUCCUACCAUCGGGAGCCCAGCUACUUUGAGAUCCCUACCAAGGAGUUUCAGCUGCAUCCCAAGUCCCCGGGGGCAGAGCUCCACGAGAUCCCCACCAAGGACACGGACACACCCCAUGCCCCUCCCACCCCCACCUCGCCCACUCCCCCCGUGGUGCAGAGCCACGCCUCCUUCACCAUAGAGUUUGACGACUGCACCCCAGGCAAGAUCAAGAUCAAGGACCAUGUCACCAAGUUCUCCUCGCGCCAGAGGAAACAGCAGCAGGUAUCCGGCAAAACUCUGGCCACCACGCCCACUGAGGUGAUGUCAGCCGAGUGCAAGGUAGCAGAUUGGUUGGUGCACAGUGAUGUCAGAAUGAUGAGAAGGCGUCCCACGUGUGAGGAUGUUUACAGUGUCAAGAGUGACCAGGCUGUAAACAUCAAGAGCCUCAAAGGACACCACCAUGACGAUGGGACCCAGAGUGAUUCUGAGGACCCGGUUUUAGGGAAAGGGAAGCGACGCAAGUCACACCACCGGAUCCAGUCGCAACAUUCGAUCCAGUCUGAGCUUUCCCAGUCAGAGCUGUCAGAACCGUCACAACAGACUGUGCGGUCAUACCAAUUAGUUCAGUCACAGCAGACAGUCCAGUCGCACCAUUCAAUUCAGUCUGACCAGUCAGUGCCGUCACAACAGACAGUGCUGUCAGUCCAACCACACCAGACAGUCCAGUCAGAUCCAUCACAAAUGUUACUCCAGCCUCACUUUUCUCCGCCCAAACUGACCCCAGUCUCUCCUGUGGUCCCUGAGAGGCCCCUGUCUGAAAGCCCGCCUGAGGUUGGCUCCCCCACCAUGGGCCGCUCUAAGCCCAACCCCCAGGAGCCACUCAGCCAGCAAGCAUUCAUCAUAGAGUUCUUUGACAACCCGCGCAAAAAACGCUCCCAGUCCUUCACGGCCAACCCCGCCCACGCAGACUCUUACUCCACCCUCAAGGCCAAGCUGGAGCGGCGGAAAGGCGGGGAGAGGCCAAACUCCAUGCACGGACACAUGCCCCCCACCCAGCAGGUGACUGUUCCUCUGAAGGGCCAUGGCGGGCCCCUGAGGUCGAGCUCCCUGAAGAGGGAGAAGACAGAGGAGCCCCUGAGUGGAGGUAGUGCCUCCUCUUCCUCCGGUUCUGGGCCUUCCUCUCGCACCUCCUCUGGCAUCACCAUCAAGCCGUUUGGCAGUGUGGGGAAGAAGUCCAAGCUGGCCCAGGAGUUUGCAGCAGAAUUCCUGAUGAAGGAUGCAGCCCACAGAGCAUUGUCCCCCACCAGAGAUAAGACGUCUCCUCCCAUGUCCGCUCCCCCAGUGAUGAUGAUGUCACCCUCUCGCACCCGCAUUCCGUCUCCCUUAGACCCCCCUUCCUCUGUUUCCUAUCCCUCCACCCCCUUGCAAACCACAGCACCACGUUCCUACUCUCCAACUCCUGCCCCUCAUUCUCCAGCCCUAGCCCUCUCCCAGCCCCCGUCUCGCAGCCCUGUCCAGACUGCCUCCCCUGUUCGCUCAGCCGUCCCCUCCACGACCCCUCUAAUGCCGCUGGGUCUGGGGGUGGUGAGGAACGAAGAAGAGGACAGUCUGAGUGAUGCCGGCACGUACACCAUCGAAACAGAGUCCCAGGACAAAGAGGUGGAGGAGGCACGCAACAUGAUCGACCAGGUGUUUGGUGUCCUCGACUCACCGGAGUACAGUGGUGCCGGAGUGUAUAGACCCAUCAUUAAUGAUGGCAAGGACGAGCCGGCAAUGCUCCGGCCUAGUGACGCUAGCACUGUGGAUCAAAUGAAAGCAGUGUCUAUGCAUGGCUUUAACCCAGCCGCUCUCAGUGGGGCCCCUUCAGGCCCCUUCCAGUUUCCUCCACUGUUUCAGGUGCCGUCUUCUAACACUGCAGCACAGGAGGAGGGGCCUAAGUGGGUUUCUCGCUGGGCCAGUCUGGCAGACAGCUGUGCAGAACCGGGCUCUACUCCACCUCAAGGGGAAUUUGCAGAGGGAGAUUUACGAUUGAGUCGGUUGAUGCCUAGCCACAGCGUGGAUAACUCUGAGUCAGAGGCGAGCCAGAGUUGUAGGAUCAGGAGGCUGCUUCCCCAGGUUCCCCCUGGAGACAAAGACAAGCCAGAAAGCCCCACCCCCAGCAUCUUGAUCCGCCAUGAACCCCCCUACCCAGGCCCCGAAACCCCCCUGGAGAGGAGUAGUGGUACGCCCCGGCAUCAGGACUCCACCCAGAGGCUGUGCGUCCAGGACGAUGUAGACCCAGACAGCCUGAGUGAUGCCAGCCGCUCUGACGAUGGCUCUGUACUGGAGAGGACCAGGAAGAGCCAGGAGAGGACGAGUGGCGCUACCUCGCCCGGGGACACUGGACCUCACUAUAGGGGUCAAGAUAAGCUGUCUCCGUCUCAACCUACCAAGUCCACCUCUUUUUACAUUGGUUCUGAGGAAUGCAGCUUAGUCAAGCCGGACCUGGCCCGAAGCCCUUUUCUGUCUCAGGGGCCUGAGAGGGGGCGAGACAUCCCUGCCAAAACCUCCCCCACCACCGUCCUCAUCAGGCACCUGAGCAGCCACGAGCCCCGGAGGUUGGGCAUCAAGCCAAACAGCUCAGCCCCCAACCUCCACUCCCAGCAGGACAAGGAGUCUAAAGACCCCAGUAAAGACUCUCUAGGGACUUCCUCGUUCGUCAGGCAGGAGAGCUUCACCAAGGAGCAACCCAGUGACGACAUCCAGAUUAAGAGGCUCCCCCACAUCUCCAGUCACCCCACCCUGAGGGACAUGGAGCAGAGGAGAGAGACUGCAAAGGACCCACAGCCCUUCCUCCGGGAUGCAGCAGACGCCUCUCUCUCCUCUCUGGAGGUCAAGUUACCCUCCUCAGGCUCUGGACACAGUUCUAAGAGAGGAGGUUCCUCCAGUCACAUGGACGACUCUCUGUCUGGGGAAUCCGAUGUGGAUACAGCCAGCACCGUCAGCCUGGUCAGCAACAAGAACACCCCCGUCACCACAGGCCCCAAGAAGAGGACUGCCGCCAGGUCCUCCUCCAGUCCGUCUGUCCAGGAGAAGGGCCACCGCCAGCCCACAGCCCGCGAGCGCCUGUCAGAGAAACGCCGCAGCCACGCAGCUGCCGGUGAUAACUCCAGCAGCAAGGCCGAGCAGGCCAAGCGCUUCCAGAUGCGGCGCAGCACGGGGAACUGCGGUUCCCUGGACCUAUCAGAGGACCAGCAGAGUUCUGGCCAGCACUGGCCUGACACGGCCUCUGACCAUGAGACCAGCUCCCGGCCCGCCAGCCGCAACAAGAAGCUCAUAGCUCCCCUACAGAAAGAGGACAAUGGGAAGACCGCCAAGAGUGCAGCACAGCAGGCGCUGAUCCGCUCCAACAGCCUGUCAGCACCACGGCCCACCAGAGCUUCCAUGCUGCGCAGGGCACGCCUGGAAGAGACCUCUGACAAUGAUGGUACAGAGACUGACCGGGGAUCCCAGAACUCAGACCACAUCGGUGCUCCCUCCAAGGUGUCUGCUGACGGGAAGAAGCUCCUCUCCAGGCUGGACAUCUUGGCCAUGCCCAGGAAGCGAGCAGGCUCCUUCACUACGCCUAGUGACAACGAGUCCUCCAUCACCACCCCUUCAACCCGGCCUGGCUUCUCCAACCGGAGUGCAGAAUCAACUGGGCCGGUCAGGAAGACAUCAGUGGGUGAAGCAGGGGCAAAGCAGGGGGUCACAAGAGGGUCCGGAGCCCCUGGGAAGCAGCCCUUCACACGCUCCAGCGGGACUAAAUACUCCAGCACAACCAGUUCCCGUCAAAGGCAGAAGGGUUCAGACUACACCUCCACAUCUGAAGAGGAAUAUGAGGCCAGCUCUGGAACCCCCAAACACAAACGCUCCUCCCACAUGUCUGCUGCCACACAGACCCCCCGGGCCCAGAAGGAGAAAGCUGCUGCAGAAGUUGCCCGGUCCAAGUCCGGCUCACUGGAGUUGGAGGAGGACGAGGUCCAGAAUGAGGAUGACCACUACCAGAACUGGACCACACACAGUGCCGAGAUAGCAAAGCUCAGUCAGGACUUGGCCAAGGACCUUGCCAUCCUGGCUCGUGAGAUCCAUGACGUGGCGGGGGACGGGGACUCUCAAAGUUCCUCUGGAAUGGGCACCAACCCCUCCCCCAGCUCUGCACCCAACACGCCCGGGCCCGCAUCCACCAUCCCCAUCUCUAGCCGGGAAGAGAGGCCAUGUACAUCUUUGCGAGGGGUCCUCCCAUCUCAGCUGGUCCAACAUAUUCCUGAGGCCAGCUUAAACUACCAGAAGGUUCUACUAUCGCCAGGUUCCACCGCUGUCAUGGACCUGGAUCCUAACAUGAAUGACCAAGACCCAAGCUCUAAGCCACGGUGGAACCGUGAAGAGGUGAUUUUGGACAAUCUGAUGUUGAACCCUGUUUCUCAGCUCUCUCAGGCCAUUCGGGAGAACACAGAACAGCUGGCUGAGAAAAUGAAGGUUUUAUUCCACAACAAGACUGAGGCCUGGGAGGAGAUCGAAGCGAAGAUCAAUGCUGAAAACGAAGUCCCCAUCCUGAAAACAUCAAAUAAGGAAAUCUCUUCCAUCCUGAACGAGCUGAGAAGAGUACAGAAACAACUAGAAAUGAUCAACAGCAUUGUGGAACCCGGUGGAGCUGGCAGUGGGAACCCUAAGGUGGCAGCAGUGGCUACUGCUGCUUCAGGAGGACAGGCCACCAGGUCCCCCUCGCGGCAGAAGAAAUCCCCCAGUAAGCCCACUGGGCCUGGGGACAGACAGCGUGGUGCUGGCCCUUCAACCAGCCCCACCACCUCCAAACCCAACGCCAACGAAAGCACCAAGAGGACCACUCGAGGCCCCAAAGGGGCAAACCUUAUGGCCUGAUCAGAGUUCCCAGGUUUCUGUAGCAUCUGCUGGUGGCCACUGCCUCCCCUCACCACACUGUCAUUUGUAAUGUAAUACUAUCAUGAUAUACUGUAUCUGUUUUGACUGGUAAAGGUGUACUGUAAUUGAGUACUGCUGUAACUGAGUACCACUGUUUAGAAUGGCUUCUUCCACAUUUGUACAAGCUCAACUAAAAGUAGGCAAAGCUGAGUAAAAUAAGUUGUAACUUGUUGCUUUAAUAUGUGGAUUGUGUACAAAAUAAUGUCCAUAUGCCUUGUCUACUUGUCCUGUACAAUGUGUAGUAGCUCAGUACUGUAGGCUUGGCCAGAUGCCCAAGAUAAGACAGGCUACAUUCUUGCACCAACUUUGUUACCAUAGUAAUAAUCCUGAUGAAAACAAUCCUAGGUGUCCAUGAGAACAUGUGAUGGACUACUUCAAUGACAUGGUAAAACAGCAGCAUUAGAGAGGGUGUUUGCAGUGUUUUGUGCUUGUCUUGUAAAAUAUGAUUCAUUGAAUGUUCCUGAAUGACUUGGAUAUUUUACUGCUUGGAAAAAAAGCUGCUGAAUGAACUGACUGACCACCAGUCUCCCUUUUCUCAACUUGAUUGUCUGAUAUUGUGAAAAUGCUUAAGAUUUGUUCUAUGUGAAUGCUGUGCGUACAGAAUGUUAGUAUGGUGUGUCAUCCAAUGUUCCAGAUCCCAAAUAAAUGCAGUAUACACUAUACAGCAUCAGAAAGAGGGUAAAGAGCGUACUUAGAAGGCCAGCAUCCCAGAGUCUCCUCUUCACUGUUGACGUUGAGACUGGUGUUUUGCGAAUACUAUUUAAUGAAGCUGCUAGUUGAGGACUUGUGAGGCAUCUGUUUCUUAAACUAGACACACUAAUGUACUUGUCCUCUUGCUCAGUUGUGCACUGGGGCCUCCCACUUCUCUUUCUAUUCUGGUUAGAGACAGUUUGCACUGUUCUGUGAAGGGAGUAGUACACAGCGUUGUACGAGAUCUUCAGUUUCUAGGCAAUUUCUCGCAUGGAAUAGCCUUAAUUUCUCAGAACAAAAAUCGACUGACGAGUUUUUGGCCAUUUUGAGCCUGUAAUCGAACCCACAAAUGCUGAUGCUCCAGAUACUCAACUAGUCUAAAGAAGGCCAGUUUUAUUGCUUCUUUAAUCAGAACAAUAGUUUUCAGCUGCUGUGCUAACAUAAUUGCAAAAGGGUUUUCUAAUGAUCAAUUAGCCUUUUAAAAUGAUAAACUUGCAUUAGCUAACACAACGUGCCAUUAGAACACAGGAGUGAUGGUUGCUGAUAAUGGGCCUCCGUACACCUAUGUAGAUAUUCCAAUUAAAUAUCUGCCAUUUCCAGCAACAAUAGUAAUUUGCAACAAUAACAAUGUCUACACUGUAUUUCUGAUCAAUUUGAUGUUAUUUUAAUGGACAAAAUAUGUGCUUUUCUUUUAAAAACUUUUGAACGGUAGUGUAUAUGCUUAAAAUUAGUAAAUUGGCCCAAGUUGACUGUAUGCUGUCUCCUAAAUUGACUGUAUUGUAGUGUGCUAGCUCUGUAAAGGUAGAAUGGAGCAGUUCCUUAUUGUCCACUGUAUGUGUGUGUGUGUGCACUAAGAGCGCCUGUGAGUUAUGUAGCUGUUGUGGGCUAAGCCAAUGUCACAGUUUACUCCAUCUGCAAAGGCAGCAGGGAUAUGUGGGAUUGUGUGUGAGGAAUCCUGUAUAGAUUUAUGUUAAAGAAUAAGAACGGACAAAAAAACUAUUUUAAAACUAUUUUGUGAAAGUGCAUGUGUAACAUAAUUAUAUAGUUUAGUUGGGUGAGAGUUCAGGCUAGUUUGCCAAAUGUGCACUUUUUCAUUUUGAGAUACACCUCAUAAGCCAUGCGUGGAACUGAAAAUAAAGCACUAUGUUUAAUUAAGCAGUAAAAACAAUGACGUGUAGCUGAAAUGUAGGUUUAACAGACUGUUUUAGAGUAUCGCUUAUCAGUAUGAUUUCUGUCAAGUACUUAAAGCCUACAACAGAUCCUAUCUAUGCUAAAUGCAAAGCUUUUUUUUUUUACAGUCAUCAAUGGUGCCAUGGUGUUCACUGACCCUAAAGCUAUUGAGAAUGUAUGGAUUUGUCACCUACCCAGAACAGACAUCUGACUGGCUAUUGGUCUGAUUAUGUCACCUCUGCUGCUAAGGGUGAUGUCAGCUUUGGGCUACUUCUCAAUAUUAAUUUUGUUUUUGCUACAAUGCAUGUAACUCAAGUAUAAGUGUAUAAAAACACUGCAAAGUGCUAACCAAACUGUGUGAAUAUCUGUUGGUAUACAUCAAAAACAUGUUUCUUUUUUAAUGACUUUGAGGUUAUGUUCACACUGUUAUUCCAAAUUAUUUAUUUAAUAUUUGUGUUGUACUGAAUAUAUUUACAGAUGUUAUGCCAUGGACUUUACAUACCAGUUUGUGCAUCAUCAUGAACAUUGAUUUGGACCAUUAUAUAAUUUGUAAUAAACUGAUUUCAGUCAUAAA